AGUGUAAUGGUUGGUACAUUGUGUCAGUUUGAGAAAUUUAGAAGUUUAACUAAUCAACUCAGCAGGGAGCCAGGGUCCUCACUGGUAAACAUCCUCAUCCUGUGCCAGAGGAGGAGGGCAUGGAGAUGGUUGGAUGCUACACCAGCCCCAGGCCUCUGCAUAGAACAGAAAGGAGGAAAUGAAGCUUUCUCUCCCCACCUGUUUGCUUUUGUUACUCUGGUGUCAUCUGUGCCAUGCCACCCUGCUUGGAGCCAGCCGAUUAUGGACUGCAACCUCCACAAACUGGUAUGUCUCUUGGUCCCUCUACCAUGACCUGCCACCAAUGAUUUUUUACUUUCCCCUGCAAACGCUGGAGCUCACUGGGCUGGAAGUUUUCUGUGUAGCCUUUCUUUCUCCAACACUCCUAACAAUCACUCCUUUCUGGAAACUGGUUAACAAGAAAUGGAUGCUGACCUUGCUGCGGAUCAUUACUGUAGGCAGCGUAGCCUCCUUCCAGGCUCCCAAUGCCAGGCUUCGGCUGGUGGUGCUGGCCCUGGGUGUGUCCUCUUCGCUGAUCGUGCAAGCUGUGACGUGGUGGUCAGGAAGUGAGUUGCAAAGGUAUCACAGAAUCUGGGGCUUCAUUUUAGGACAGAUUCUUCUUCUUGUCCUCCGAAUAUGGUACACCUCACUAAACCCAAUCUGGAGUUAUCAGAUGUCCAACAGAGUGAUACUGACACUAAGUACCAUAGCCAUACUUGAUCGCAUUGGCACUGAUGGCGACUGCAGUGACCCUGAGAAGAAGAUGGCUAGCCAGGCGGCCAAGGGCGUGGCCGGUAGACCCCACUGGCUGUUGGCAGGGGCUGCCUUUGGUACCCUUGUGUUCCUCACCCACUGGGUCUUCGGAGAGGUCUCUCUUGUUUCCAGAUGGGCAGUGAGUGGUCAUCCAUGCCCAGGGCCAGGUCCUAACCCCUUUGGAGGUGCAGUUCUGCUGAGUUUGACAAGUGGAUUGAUGCUUUCAGCAUGUUCAUGGUUUCAUGGAGCUAGUUUAAUCUGGUGGGCUACAGGAGCAGCUUCGGCCGCAGGUCUCCUCCACCUGCGCACAUGGGCAGCUGCUGUUUCCGGAUGUCUGCUGGCCACCUUCGUUGGGUCCAUGUGGCCUCAAGUGCUCGGACACCUGGUUAACUCAGGGACGAGGCCUGGGGUGACCAUGACUGUGGCCAUGGCAGUUUACGUCCUAGACAUGUUCUUCUGUGCAUGGUGCACAGCUUUUAAGUUUGUUCCAGGAGGAGUCUACGCUAGAGAAAGAUCUGAUGUGCUUCUGGCAUCCACGAUGCUAAUUAUUGGGCUGAAUAUGUUAUUUGGUUCGAAGAAAAAACUUGCCUUUCUUCUGCAGAUGAAAAACAAUCCUAAAGGGCCUAUCAGAAAGAGUGAUAAAUACAUGAAACUUUUGUUGUGGCUGCUUGUUGGUGUGGGCUUGUUGGGAUUAGGACUCCGGCAUAAAACCUAUGAAAGGAAAUUGGGCAGAGGGGCACCAACCAAUGAGGUCUCUGCCGCCAUCUGGCCUUUCAGGUUUGGCUACGACAAUGAAGGCUGGUCCAGUCUAGAAAGAUCAGCCCGGCUGCUCAAUCAGACAGGUGCAGAUUUUAUAACAAUUUUGGAGAGUGAUGCUUCUAAGCCCUAUAUGGGGAACAAUGACUUAACCAUGUGGCUAGGGGAGAAGCUGGGUUUCUAUACAGACUUUGGCCCUAGCACCCGGGAUCACACCUGGGGGAUUAUGGUAUUGUCAAGAUACCCGAUUGUGAAAUCAGAGCAUCACCUUCUUCCGUCGCCAGAGGGCGAGAUCGCACCAGCCAUCACCCUGACUGUCAACAUCUCGGACAAGCUGGUGGAUUUUGUCGUGACACACUUCGGGAAUCAUGAAGAUGAUCUUGACAGAAAACUGCAAGCUAUUGCUGUUUCUAAACUAUUGAACAGUUCUUCGAAUCAGGUGAUAUUUCUGGGAUACAUCACUUCAGCACCUGGUUCCAGAGAUUAUCGACAGCUCACUGAACAUGGCAAUGUAAAGGAUAUUGACAGCACAGAUCGUGACAGAUGGUGUGAAUAUAUUAUGUAUCGUGGGUUGGUCAGGUUGGGUUAUGCAAGAAUUUCCCAUGCUGGGCUGAGUGACUCUGAAAUUCAGAUGGCCAAAUUUAGGAUCCCUGAUGACCCCAUUAAUUACAGAGACAAUCAGAAAGUGGUCAUAGAUCACAGAGAAGUUCCCAGGAAAAUUCAUUUCAAUCCCACAUUUGGAUCCUACAAAGAAGGACACAAUUAUGAAAACAAUCAUCAUUUCCAUAUGAAUACUCCCAAAUACUUUAUAUGAUUUUUUUUUUUUUGGUCUUUUUGAGACAGGAUCUCAUUAUGCAGUUCAAACUGACCUUGAGCUCACUGUGUAGCCCAGGCUUUUCUCGAACUUACAACAAUCCUCCUGCCUCAGCCUCGGGAGUGCUGGGAUUGAUUAUAGGCAUGGGCUACCACACCUGGCUAUGUGAAUUAUUUAAAAAGAAGAAGUCACUGAAGUCAUUGACAGAGAAAGACUAAGGAAAAUAUUGUGUAAGAUGAAAGAGUUUAAUGAAAAUGAAAAAAUACACAUAAAGAACCUCAAUUUUAAAAGCAUGGUGUCUGCAAUGGGAAAGUCCAUCAGUUUAUAAAUAUGUUGCUUAAUAAAAGCAUUUAUUCAAAUAAA